UUUAAAAAAAAAAAAAAACAGGAAGCUUCAAAAAGCCUCUCUUCCGCUAGUUCUUCCACCAUUUGUCAGAAACAAUGCAGCUUCAAAUUCUACUCUUACAUUUGUUCCAAGUGGCACUGGUUGAAUCCCUCGAGGUCCCUGGGUACCUUGGGGAUACUGUUACCCUGCCCUCACAGGCCAACUCUUCAUGGACCCUUUCCAAAAUUGAGUGGUCAGUAUUUUCCAACACCACUUGGAUAGCCACCUAUCGCAAUGGGAGGAAAGUUACUGAGCGGUUCUACCUGUAUAAAGGGAGACUUAGACUCAACAUCACCUCAGGUGACUUGAUGAUCCGUAAUGUGAACACAAUGGAUGCCAUGGAAUACAGUGUCAACCUCAUCAAUACUCAAGGACAGAGCAGCGUAAAAAAGGUUAAGCUCAUAGUGAAACAACUCCCCCAGAAACCGAACAUAGAGAACGUCACUACAACAUCUACAAAAGGAGGCUGCUGGGUGGGACUGAUUUGUUCUUCACCUGAGAUAGGUGUUGACUUGUCCUGGAAGGUCGAACCUCCGAUUGUGAAUGUCUUUGACUUGAGCAACUCUGGCAACUCUGCACUUUUAGCAUUUAUCAACACCAAAACCACACAUGUGAAAUUCUCCUGCAUCUCCAGAAGGGCUACGGACCAAACCUCAAAUGACAUCACUUUAAAGUGUGAUGAUGACCAGCCUCAGCCUGGGCCUUCACCUCAGCCACAACUAAUUCUACACAGGUGUAGACAUUUUGCUUUCUUCAUUGGAGGCAUACUGACAGUUUUAGUGCCAGUCAUUUUGAUAUGCUGUUUCAAAGAACAAAUCAUACGUGCAUGGGAAUAUGUCCGAGGAAAACUGUUUUCAGCAAAACAUGAAACAUCAGCUUAAGAAUAAGCGUAACGAACAAGCCAUAAAAGUUUUCAGGAGGACAACAUCAUGUCUGAAGAUGUCUCCAUAAGUGUUUUGUACUGGUAAAGCUAAAAACAUGCACUAGUGAGUAAUUACUUAUUUAUUAAUCAUUAAUAAGUAGGUAGUGAAUAACUACAACAGGGGGACUAUAUGACAAGUAGCUAGAGAAUCAUUGUAAAUAUCAUUCUUGUACAGCUUCAGAUCUUUCUAUCUUUAUCUUAUAUUUCAAAAGUAAAAACUUACUUGGCAAUAAACCCGAUUCUGAUUCUGAUUCUGAUUCAGAAUCUUUAAAUUCACCAGUAAAAACUCUGUAGUUACUUGUCAUAAUCAUUAAUUAGGGAUUACUUCUCCUGAGGGGUCACAAAAAGAGACUGAUGAUUAAGUUAUUAGUUGUUAAUAGUUUUGUGCCACUCAGCAGCUGGUUCAGAGUUAAUCAGGAAUCACCCACAAAGAAAAUGGUUGAUAUUUAUGAAGUAAUCAUUACCUGAUGAUUCCUUAAAAUAGUAUCUCCCAGUCAGUGCUUUAAUAAAUCACCAUCCACUAUAUAGACCUUCAUUCAGAAUUAUAACUUCUUAUUGAUGAUUCAGUCAUUGUCUGGUCAUCCUCCACUCGUUCCUUACUCAGUAAAUUUUGUGUACCAUAUUCAUUUUAUAAAUAAAUAAACAACAUGCAAUUGUUGUAUGUUUAUUUAUAAAAUGAAACAUGCAAUGAAAGAAAUGAAUGUAUUUUCAGAGAAUCUACACAGGGUAGGAAAAUGAAAACCAGAAGACUUCAAUUGUACAUAUGUAAACGAUAAUAUAUGUGUGUGUAUGUGUGUAUAUAUACACGCACACAUACAGAUUUGUAUUGUAUGUGUGUAUUUUUUUGUGUAUAAUCACCUGAAAAUAAAGAAUUUCUGUGUUUCUCUUA